UGGGCUUUGAUAAUGGCAGGAGCUGGAACGAAUGGCGACCACGCUUUGGACCGCGAGGAAUUGCGGCAAGGGCUUUUCACGAGCUCCACAAAGCGGAGAGCCUCGGAGCUUCUGAGCCUUCAACAACAGGCUCAAGAUGAGGCUAUUUCCUCCUCUGAUCUUCGUUUCCUGCUCGAGCUUCUAUUCGACACAUACCCACUCUACGACGAUCGACCCUCGAGACACGCGGUGGAGCAAUGUCUAAAAGCGAUAAUAAAUACCCCUCAGUCGGACGACGUUAUUUCCUUGAUCGUCAAGUUCCUGAAAACCGAAUGCUCCAAGGCCAGCAUUGCCCACGUCAAUGCUUUUGUCCUUACGGAUUGGUGCUCGGUUCUUCUUCAAGAAUGCGCAGCGAAACCCGAAAGAUGGUCGAAAUGGGGGCUCGAUAUCGUAGACGCAGACGCUAGGGCUUUGGAGACCUGCAUGGGUUCAGGGGAUACGCGCCGUGAUGUUCGAGUUCAGGAAUCGGCCAUAGUGGCCACACGCAGGGCAUUGCGAAGCCUCUUCAAGAUCGAGAGUAUUAGGAAGGAUGCUAUUACUAAGAUCGUUGAGUCUCUUACCACAAAGGGAGCCUCGUCUACAGCGCGGAAUGCUGUUUUCCUGGGAGUGGUCGCGGGUGUGUCGGCGCGUCUUCCACACUCCGUUCCGAUCUUGGAGCAGCACAAGGGCCAUUACUAUGAUUUCUACAUCAGGGAGAUCCUUGGUUCCCGGACCGUCGUGCCUGGACAUAUUGCUAAUGGACUACAUGAUUUCUUCGCCUCUUUUGCCACGUUGGACGAAAUACAGAAGACAGUCAUACCUCCGUUAGAAAAGGCGCUGCUUAGAUCGCCCGAGAUUGUACUCAACGGUGUCGUAGCACCUAUAAUUCAAUCUCUACCUGAUACCAUGGAUCUCUCCGACAUACUCCUCAAGCAUCUUCUGAAACCACUUCUGACUAACGUCAAAUCAACCAACCCAGUGAUCCGAGGAGGCACUUUAUCGACAUUUGAGUCGCUUGCGUCCCGUUCGAGAAACGAAGAUGCCACAGGGAAGGUUGCGGAAGAGAUUCUAAACCCUCUCAAGCAGUCAAAGGUCACCACCACCGAGCAGAAGGUGUUGCAUGCUCAGAUGCUCGACGCCCUACCACAAUCAAUUUCGCUGUCUCAAAAGAUCCCUAGUGGCAUGGCAGCGGUCGCGCUCAAAGAACCAAAUGAAGUGGCAGCGGCAGCAGAGAUCCUUACACUAUCUAAGCAUCUGACCUUUAGCCUAACGCACGACGCCAGACUGGAUUCGUCUGUCUCGGAUGCGUUCGUUAAAGGCAUGGGAGACAAAAGAUUGCCGGUCCGCAGACUAUGGGCGCUUCGUGCAGGCGAUGCUCUUUGGGAGAUACCCAAAUCGCGGUAUGCUGAGCCGGACGUUCUGUCUUUUGCACAAGCAACCCUGGGUAAAAUGGUGGAAAUUUGGCAGGAAGCCGUAGCUAAUCCUCAACCGGCUGCCCAAAGCGGAUUGGUAACAGCUGCUUACGUGUUUACGGCUCUCAUUCUCUCUAGAAUUCAGCAUCUAGAAGACGCAAAGCUCUCCACUCUGUGUAAAAAGGCCUCAGUACUGAAGCAGACACUGAUUGCUCAACCAAAACCCUCUCUCUUGCUGAACCAUCGGAUUUACUCCAAGACCAAUGGCGAGGAUGAUCUGAAGUGGAUUAUCCGAGCACUAACCGCAGUGGCCGGACAUGUGCCUAUAGAUGACCAGGGGGGUGUUGGCGACGCCUGGUCGCAGGCAUAUAUAUACAUGAUCUCAGCACAUAAUCUCCCACCGCGAUCGCGGAAAUUGGCUGUGGAACAUCUAUCGUCAGCUUACGCCCAGCAGCCAGCAUCUAUUGGAAAGCUCAUUGUUGACGGGCUAUGGCUCUGGUAUAGAAGAGUCGAGCUCAAUGACAAAGACACUGCCGCCGUGGCAUCAAAGACGGGAACGAGCGAACUACACGUUGUCUUGAAAAGCAUUUGUCCGCGCGCAGACAGUGUGAGGAACAGUAAGAAUGGUAGCAUUUUGCAGGACUUGCUGCAAAAUCAAUUCGUGAAUCUUCUCAUCCUGGCGCGCCCGGAGCUUGUCCCAAGAGUAAGCUGGAUCGACCUCUGCUUGAGAAGCGGCGUAGAUCCGGGCGAGCUUGCUCGGGCCAACUUCAGCCAAUGUCUAGAUCAAAUCAUUCACGCAACUACGGACAAGUCAAAUGCGACGUUACCUAUGAUCAAUCAGGCGGCGUACAAUGCUUCGGCUGAUUUGGCUUUUGUUGCACCAGACACAGCUCUACCACUUCUUGUCCAACAAUUUAGUCAGGACUUAGACCCAAAGCUUUUCGAGUUUGUUGGACCAACCGAAGCAGCUAUCCUCAGAACACCUGAGGGAACUGCUUAUGUCGACGUGCUAUCAAAAAGGGGGCCAGAGCAAAGCAUCGGACGGAAUGCAAAAGACUAUGAUACUUUAAAGUGGGAAGAAGAAUUGAGGGCACAGCUUGCAGCAAAGAAGGGUCAAUCGAAGAAACUCACUGCUGAUGAGCAAGCAAAGGUCAACGCCCAAUUAGCUAAGGAAGCAGUCAUACGCAAGGACGUCGCCGCUAUUGAGGUGAAGAUGAAGCGCGGCGUGGGAAUCAUUCAAAGUCUCGCCACGGGUCCGCCAACAGAAGCUGAACAGUGGAUGGCUCCUGCUGUCAAUUUACUCAUCAAAGCCAUUCGUGCUGGCGCUGGCCUGAUCUUAGGGGAAAGCCCGGCUGUUGCAUAUAUCAAAUGUGCUGAACGCAUCUCAAGCAGGCUAGGCCCUGUAAGGCCCUUUGUCGGCGUCGCCACUCUCAGGACUAUCGGAACUUCGCAGCUAGCACCUGAGUACCAAGACGAACCCCUGGGAGCAGAUUUGGUUACAAGAGUGCUGUACCGGCUGAGGUUUAUGAGCGAGCAGAGGCCUCUGGAUACCGUCACCCUCAUGUAUUGCUUCCCGCUCAUCUUCCUCAUACUCGAGAAGGGCGGUAUUGGGCGCACAGAACCCGAGGAGGCUGAUGAACAGAUUCUCUUGGCCCUUGAGUUUCUAUCUUUCCAUACGACGGCUUGCUCCGACGAGCGUUUGCCGCGACGAGAACUUAUCGAGAGUUUGAUCGCAUCCAUGCAGCGAUUUACCCAACACUAUAAACCGAUCAAAGACUGUCUAAUGGAUCUCUGCAGAGGCAUUGCCGCUAAUGCAUCUGAUGACGAGAUCUCAGCACUCGUACGUGGUGUAAUUGUGCCAGAGAUAUCCGUGCGGACCUCCGUACUCCAGGCAAUCGAUGCCGAGAUUGAUCUGACAAACCUCGACUUCUGUGAGGAAAUCUGGCUGGCUUGUCAUGACGAUGUUCAGGAGAAUUCAGACUUCGCGAGAACGAUCUGGGAGGACAAUGCGCUUGAGGCCGAGGGAAGCUCAGCGUAUCAAAUCUUGCCAUAUCUCGAGGCAACAGACAAGCAGUUACGACGAGCAGCAGCACGCUCUCUGGGAGAACUAGUCACGGACUUCCCAGACGUUUUCGAUGAUCUCAUCAAACGUCUCGAGGAAAUAUAUAAGGACAGGGCGAAACCCCGAGUUCCUGAGCGAGAUGGGUACGGAAUGCCACGUAAGGUCGACUUGAAGGACCCAUGGGAGUCACGAGAUGGUAUUGCCUUGACAUUCAAAUACGUUUCUCCUGGAUUCAAACCGGAACAUCUCGUGGCCUUCUUGCAGUUUAUGGUUCAUGAUGGGCCGCUAGGAGACCAAAACGCAGUUGUACGAGACGAGAUGAUUGACGCGGCUACUACCGUCAUCGCCACUAGAGCUCAGUCGCAAGUGGAGCCGCUCAUGCAACUCUUUGAAGAGGCUCUGGAAGGACCCGACCGAGGCUUGGCUAAAUAUGACCAGGUCAACGAGGCCGUCAUCAUCCUGUACGGUGCAUUGGGCAGACAUCUAUCUCCGGGAGAUGAGCGGGUGCCAAAGGUUGUUCAAAAGCUUCUUGUCACUUUAAGCACGCCAUCUGAGACGGUCCAAUAUGCCGUAGCGGAGUGUUUACCUCCUCUGGUUCAAGCGUCUCCCCAAGAAACCUCGAACUACAUUCAACAGAUGAUGGAACAACUGUUGCAAUCCAAAAAGUAUGCCGCCAGGCGAGGAGCUGCAUAUGGCCUGGCUGGUAUUGUUCAUGGUACUGGUAUCUCUGCCUUGAGGGAGUUCCGCAUCAUAUCCAGCCUCAAGGGAGCAACCGAGAACAAGAAAGAUACAAACCAACGUCAGGGCGCAUAUCUUGCAUUUGAGUUGCUAUCCCUCAUCUUAGGCCGGAUCUUUGAGCCAUAUGUCAUCCAGCUAGUCCCUCAGCUGCUAGCAGGAUUUGGCGACUCUAGCGCCGAUGUGCGGGAGGCUUGUCUAGACGCAUCUAAAGUUUGCUUUGCGAAUUUGAGCUCCUACGGUGUCAAGAAUAUUCUGCCUACUCUUCUUGAAGGUCUUGAUGAUUCACAAUGGAGAAGCAAAAAGGGCGCGUGCGACUCCCUGGGUGCUAUGGCAUACCUGGACCCUCAGCAAUUGGCCCUCAGUCUUCCGGAUAUCAUCCCGCCCUUGACGGAUGUUCUCACCGACAGCCACAAAGAAGUUAGGUUGUCAGCCAAUCGAAGCUUACAGAGGUUUGGAGAAGUCAUCAGCAAUCCUGAAAUAAAGAGCUCCGUCGGUAUUCUUCUCAAAGCCCUCAGCGACCCGACGAAAUACACUGAUGACGCCCUGGAUGCGCUUAUCAAGCUGGCGUUUGUUCACUAUCUAGACGCUCCUUCGUUAGCGCUGGUGGUAAGAAUAUUAGAGCGCGGCCUAGGAGACCGAUCCGGUACCAAAAGAAAGGCAGCCCAGAUCAUCGGAAGUCUAGCUCAUCUUACCGAGAGAAAAGACCUCAUCUCACAUUUGCCAAUCUUAGUCGCUGGCUUACGGGUCGCCAUUGUAGAUCCCGUUCCCACAACUAGGGCUACCGCGUCGAAAGCUCUCGGAUCCCUUGUUGAGAAGCUGGGAGAGGAUGCACUGCCAGACCUCAUUCCCAGCCUUAUGGCUACCCUCAAAUCAGACUCUGGAGCUGGCGACAGAUUGGGAUCUGCACAAGCACUCAGCGAAGUACUUGCAGGUCUUGGUACAAGCCGCCUGGAAGAAACGCUGCCUACUAUCCUACAAAAUGUCUCAAGCUCGAAAGCCUCUGUCCGCGAGGGUUUCAUGUCUUUGUUCAUAUUCUUGCCUGCAUGCUUUGGCAACAGCUUUGCCAACUACCUUAGUAAAAUCAUUCCACCAAUUCUUGGCGGUCUUGCCGAUGAUGUGGAAUCAAUUCGAGAGACUGCAUUGAGGGCAGGACGUCUUCUUGUCAAGAAUUUCGCGACUCGUGCCAUUGACCUGCUCUUGCCUGAGCUCGAACGUGGUCUUGCCGACAACAGCCACCGUAUCCGCCUCAGUUCCGUCGAGCUUGUUGGAGAUCUCCUAUUCAACCUCACUGGUAUCAGCGCAAGGGCCGAGGAUGACGACGAGGUUGAAGAAGGUGCCAAGGAAGCGGGCCAGUCGUUGCUUGAAGUUCUCGGAGAGGAAAAACGGAACAAGGUUCUCUCCGCGCUAUACAUUUGCCGUUGCGAUACCUCUGGCUUGGUCCGGACCGCUGCCAUCAAUGUUUGGAAAGCCUUGGUGGCGACACCACGUACUCUUCGCGAGCUCAUCCCUACCCUUACCCAGCUUAUUAUUCGUCGCCUGGCCAGCUCAAACAUGGAACAGAAGGUUAUUGCCAGUAACGCUCUUGGGGAGCUCAUUCGCAAAGCCGGGGAGGGUGUUUUGGCAAGCUUAUUGCCGACCUUGGAAGAAGGUUUGCAUUCAACAGAUACAGAUGCCAAACAAGGUAUCUGUAUCGCGUUGCGCGAACUCAUUGCUUCGGCUUCCCCAGAGGUCCUUGAAGACUACGAAAGGACGUUGGUUUCUGUCGUGCGAACCGCCUUGGUCGACCCUGAUGCAGAUGUUCGGGAAGCCGCUGCAGAUGCUUUCGAUUCAUUGCAGCGCAUACUCGGGAAGAAAGCCGUGGAUGCUGUUCUGCCUUAUCUCCUUAAUCUUCUUCGGACCGAUGAGGAUGCUCAGAACGCACUGUCCGCCCUUCUGACACUGCUCACUGACAACACGAGGUCAAACAUUAUUCUCCCGAACCUUUUGCCGACACUCUUAACCUCUCCUAUGUCGGCCUUCAAUGCUCGUGCGAUAGCAUCACUAGCGGAAGUGGCAAGCUCGUCAAUGAAUCGGAGGUUACCGAAUAUCCUGAAUGCCAUUAUGGACAACAUCGUGGGUUGCAAGGACGAAGAACUUCUCUCCGAGCUUAAUACCUCUUUCGACACUGUUCUCCUGUCUGUCGACGAAUUCGACGGCUUAAACACGGCCAUGAGCGCUAUGCUUGCCUUGAUGAAGCAUGACGAUCACCGGCGGAGAUACUCGGCAAACAUGCACCUGGCCAAAUUUUUCGCUGGCGCAGAAAUAGACAUAUCACGAUACCAUCCAGACCUGGUCCGGUCUCUACUCAUUGCAUUUGACGAUCGGGACUUGGAAGUUGUCAAAGCAGCAUGGACGGCCCUCAACGAGCUUACAAAGAGACUACGAAAGGAAGAAAUGGAGUCCUUGGUCAUAUCCACUCGUCAAGUGCUUGGCCAAGUCGGUGUUGCUGGCUCUAAUCUACCCGGGUUCGCUUUGCCGAAGGGCAUCAACGCAAUCUUACCCAUCUUCCUGCAAGGUCUCAUGAACGGUACGGCGGACCAGCGGACUCAGGCUGCGUUGGCCAUAUCAGAUAUCAUCGAUCGCACAAGUGGAGAGUCGUUGAGGCCAUUCGUGACCCAAAUCACUGGCCCACUCAUCCGUGUAGUGUCCGAACGUUCGGUGGAAGUCAAAGCUGCGAUCCUGUUCACCCUCAACAACCUUCUUGAGAAAAUUCCAACAUAUCUGAAGCCCUUCUUACCACAACUGCAAAGGACUUUCGCCAAGUCAUUAGCGGAUACUUCGAGCGAGGUUUUGAGGACUCGAGCAGCAAAGGCCCUAGGAACUCUAAUUACUCUAACGCCUCGUAUUGAUCCUCUUAUUGCAGAAUUGGUUACUGGCUCUAAGACUUCAGACCAAGGCGUCAAGAACGCCAUGCUCAAGGCUUUGUUCGAGGUUGUAAGCAAGGCGGGUGCUAACAUGAAUGAGGCUUCGAGGAAUGCAAUUCUUGGACUCAUCGACCAAGACACUGGUGAUGCCGAUGAUGCCACCGCGAUAACAAAUGCACGUCUUCUUGGAGCCUUGAUUGGAAAUCUGCCAUCAGACGUCGCAGCUAGUUUAAUCAAGAGCCGAGUCCUCACACGCCAUUUCAGCAAAUCAUCAGUGCUCGCCCUGAACGCCAUUCUCCUAGACUCUCCAGACGCAUUGACAGAGAGCUUUGCUGAGGAGACGAUAGCAAUCAUCGGUCAUGGAAUCGGUGAAAGCCAACCUGUUAUCGCCACCAACUGCAUACUAGCAGCGGGGAAAUAUCUCCUGACCGAGUCGACAAACAAGAGUUUCGAAGCCACCAAAACCAUUUUCGAAGCCCUUGCUCCAGUCAUCCAGCCAGGCCACCCUGUAGAUACGCGACGUAUAGCCCUCGUGGUCGUCCGGACAGUUAGUCGGGAGAACAACGAUCUGAUACGACCUCAUCUAUCUCUAUUAGCACCUUCCAUCUUUGCCAGCGUCAGAGAUCCAGUCAUUCCCGUCAAGCUGUCCGCGGAAGCAGCAUUCUUGGCAAUCUUCUCGGUGGUAGAAGAGGAGAGCGCGGUCUUCGAAAAAUACAUGGCCGGCCCCGGUGCAAGCGCGCCUGCGCAGACCAAGCGUCUAAUGCAAGACUACUUCAAACGGGUCGCGGUCAGGCUGGGAAGUCAAGCUAGGGAACGGAAGGAGGCUGAGGGUGGUCAAGGAGGUCUAGGCCUUUCGAGUGACGAGAAGGAAGAUGAGCGUGAGGUGUGGAGUGUGGGCAAAGUGGAUCUUGGGGAAGGCGCUUUUGGUGAGGAGUAG